AUUCAGGCUCACCCGAGUGUCAUCUGAGCCCUCACUGUGAGUGUGGAGUGAGUGUGGAAAAACAGUCCAAAUUGACAUUCAUAACGAAGGGCGGGGGAGCGCUUGCUGUCAAAAAUGUGGGUGAAAGAAGCCCUAUUUGACUGUGGAUCGUUUGGCUAAAAAAAAAUAUGGAAAACAAAAACAAAAACGUAAGCAUCGUAGACGAAAAUGGGAAUCCUGGUAAGCGGUCCUUAAGCAUGCUAAGAAAUUUUGAAGAAGAAGAAGAAACAACACUUGAUUCUGGAAACGCUAAAAAGCAGCAAAAAGAGCAACCAUCUGGGACAAUGAAGAAUUAUAUUGUUUUUCCAAAUGGACAAAAACUAGAAAUUCGUGGCACUAUUUGUGGUGCUGUCAAUCUGGAUCAAACUGUAUGUGCGAAACCAUUAGAUGCUAAUCCGAGCUCCACACAAACACAGCAAACUAUUUUUUUAAAAACUGCUGGAGCUACUCCAUGUACUACCAAACCUGUACAACAGCCAUUAGAUGUUAAAAAGUCCGCUGGAAAACCAGAUUCCGUCACACAUACACAGCAAACUAUUUUUUUAAAGACUGCUGGAGCUACUCCAAGUACUAGCAAACCUGUACAACAGCCAUUAGAUGUUAAAAAGUCUGCUGGAAAGCCACAUCCCGUUACACAAACACAGCAAACUAUUUUUUUAAAGACUGCUGGAGCUACGCCGAGUUAUAGUAAAUCAAUCCAACAAACGUCUUUGGAAACGUCAGGAGAUAUUAUGGAGUAUAGCAAACUAAAACAGCAUUCCAAAACAUCUUACGCUACUCCGGGUCCGAGCAAACCGAGUCUGCAAAUGGUUAAUACCGAACUAUCUGGUGGUUUGCUUGAUCCCGACGAUACUCCAUUCUUAAUCACCAAGAACAUAUUACGACAGCUUAUUCGUGAUGAAGUUACUAGCGUAUUCCAGGAACAAAGGGAUAGUUUCAUGGAACCAAUGUUUCGACGCAUGGCCGGAAUGGAAGCGACUUUUGCUUCACUGUAUAAUCAAAUCUCGUCACAGACCAAUCAAACGAAUGUUGAUCCAAAAGUGUUGGAAAAUUUCGAGUUUGAUACCAUCGACAGUGGCGAAGCAUUGACUGAACUUGACGAGCGACUUAAAAACGAUGAUCAGUAUAAAACUACGUUUGUUGCAUGGGUUCAAAGGUACAUUAACGUGCCAAUAAGUACAAAAAGGAUGUCGAAACUGCUCAAAGCGUUAUUUACACCCAAAUUUCUUUGCCUUCUGACAUGGAGUGGAAGAGGAAAAAGAGCAAUGUACACUUUGUCAAAUUAUAAAGGAAUAAUAGACUUGUUUAAAACUGUAGGAAGUACUGAACUUUCCAAAGUAGGGGACCGUGAAGUUGCAGAUUUCUUCAUCCUUAAAUUGAGAUACGCUACAUACUAUCUAAGCCGGCAGGAAUGCAACCAAACAAAUAGUUGAGGAAUCUUUAAGUUUAAUUGAGGUUUAAAAGCCUUUGACUUUACACUUCAUUGAAUUUCGCCUCUUAAUUCAUGUGAUAUCUUAGAACUCUUAUAUAUACAAUACAAUGCAGUACAAAAUAAAUGAAAUCGAUGUUUUGUUAACAAGUUAUAAUAGUUUUUAUUAUUCACUCAUCAAGUUAUUUUGUAUUAGUCAUUGAGUGUAUUUAAUAAUGGAAAUAAUACCAUAUUUCCAUCAGCUUCUUUGAUAGUUCUAGCAAAUUUAAGUUUGACAUCGGAGCAUUCUAAUAAAACCUCGUCAUUUUUCAAAUCAUCUUUAUAAACAGAGUAUAUAUGUAGCUUUGUGGAAGAAAUGUGCUCGUCAAAAUAUUCGAAAAUACGGGAAAACAUUUUUCCAACUAUCAUCAACUUAUCCUGCUCUUGUCUUACUGAAACAAAUUUUAAAAUUACGUUUUUGUUGGUCAUAAAUAAAUCGUUGACAUCAUCAUUUCGCAGCUUUAAAUUUUUCUUCACAUUCAUAGUAAUAGUUUGCCCUCUUUGCGUAUAAAACGGCUGACGAAAUGGUUGAUCGUUUUGUUGAGCUCCUGUAAAAUUUUCAAAUUCCGAUAUUCUACGAAUUGCCUGUUCUAAACAUCUAUAGUUAGUUCUAAUGAGCCUGUUUUUUAUAUUUCCUAGCUUGCGUUCAUAUGCAUAUGUUGAGUGAUAGUCCAGAGGACCAAACCGCUCUACUUCUUCUUCGAGGUGGAUUAGACUAUGUACAUUGGACGUAACAGCUUUUUUAUGAUAUACAUCGGCAAAUGUUUCUACAAAAGUUUUUAGCAUAGUACCAGCAGCUUUCCAGUGUUCUUUAUGUUCGGUCGAUGAAAAUAUCGUUAUAGCACAGAAAUAAAGCAUAAAAUGCUUAUAUUCCUGCUCACUCAACAAUCCUUCCAAUACUACGGGAGCCACGUAAUGGAGAAACGUUUUGCAAUCUGAUCCUUUCCAAUAUGCUAGGUCGUCAAUCGGGCGCAUUUUUUGGUUCGUUUCAAAGGGGAGUUUUUGUUUUAGGAGUCUUUGUUUAAAUUCUUCACGUUGCUGGCGAUUCCAUCUUUUCCAU